AUGCCUGACUAUCCAGAAGCCGUAGAAGUUGGCAAGGACAUGGACAUGACGGGAGACAGCAGCACUGACGAGUUGGCCGACAAGGUCGAAGGCGUCAGAGUCACAGACGGCGGCAGAACACCUAACAAACAAAUUGCUUCAGAAGGGCCAGGAGGCCCUCAAGACGCCCCAAGAGAGGUCCAAGAGGCCCCCCACGAGACCCCCCGGAGACCAACAUGGCCCCAUUUCUUUCGUCAAACGUCAGCAAAAAGAGCUGAGGAGGACGCUAUUAUAUAUAUAUAUAUAUAUAUAUAUAUGGACGCUGCUUCGAGGAGCUUCGAGUGA